AUGGAGGAGAAACGAGUGUUCAAAGGGAGGAAAAGAUCCCUGAGCAAUGGAGCAGCUAGAGAGUCAUCUAAAGGCACUUCCAAUUCCAGAACAGCAAUGAUAGAGAGUGAUAGAACAGAGUUGCUAAGAAAUUGUCCUGAAGGGCUCACAGGGUGGAAUGAGGAUUGGGUUGGAUUUUUGGGAUGCAAAAAACAGCCCCACCUCGUGCACGUCAAGUUGAAUAAAGAAGCUAUUUUGUUGGACUCGAUGAAUUGA